AUGUUUCUAUUUUUGCUAAUAUUUUCUCCAAUUCUUCUGCCAAAUGCCGCCUCGCACAAAAUCCUCGUCUUCUCCCCAACCGCCAGCAAAUCGCACAUGAUUUCGCAAGGCCGAAUAGCCGAUGAGCUGGCGCGGGCCGGUCACGACGUCGUCAAUUUCGAGCCCGAUUUCACGAAUCAGGUCGACAAAUUUGAGCCGUGUAAAUUGUGUCGGCGAUGGGUGGUGAAGGGGUUGAAUAAUCGCGGGUAUAUUGAUAUUCAGAACAAGCAGACCGAGCACAUUUUUGAGGAAUCUGGGUUCUGGUCGAGGAUUUUUAAUAGCGAAUCGGAUCCGCAUCAGGAUGAAUACACCAAUUUGUGUGAAGGUGGGUAUAGAUUUGGGAGGGGCGGGGGAGGAAAAAUGAAAAUGCUCCAAAUUGCCACGUCAGAAAAAGUUCACGAGAAACAGAAUCACCUGUUUAUAUUUAAAAAAAAACAGUGCUUUUCCUCUGCUGCUACUCAGGGAAUCACGGGCGAGAUCUACGCGAUUCGCGGGCGUCCAGCGUUUUGCGGAAACUCCGCGGUGGACAUUUGCGAAUUGCGCAAAUUUAGCGAAGUGACUCGGUCGAAAAUAUUUUGUCGCGAGAUUUCCGCAAAACGCAGAAAAGUUUGCGUUUCGCGUGAAUUUCGCGGGCUGUCACGACAAGAGUGCAGAGAUAUGAAACACGUUUCAGCGAUAUGAGUCGUGCGCGUGGAUGGUCAAGUGGGUAAUAGGAAUGUGUGUGAGUCAGAGAGUGUCGGAUCGAGGCCGACCGAGUGAGUAUGAUUAAAAGCGAUUAGUUGUGUCUCGCGGCGCCUCUACUUUUUGAUUUUUGAGAGAGCACCGCGAGAUUUCCGCGAUUCGCAGACAGAAAACCGCGAAAUCGCGGCGUGUUCGCGGCGAUUUCGCGGAUUUCUGGGUCCCGCGAAUCGCGUAGAUCUCGCCCGUGAUUCCCUGAGUAUACUUUGGUAUAGUGCUUAGCGCGCUCGCUUUUGCUUCACAAGGCCGCAGGUUCGAUUCCUGCCCAACGCAUAAAGUUUUUGAAAAAUAAAUUAAACUAGCCAAAAAUUCAGAGAUUCUGAAAAUUAAAGCAGAAAUUCUCAUCGGAAAUGAAUUUCUCAACUGGAAAAAAUAGGAUUUUCUGAUCUUCGGGCUCAAUUUUUUUGGGAAAUUUUGAGCCACACUUUAUUUUAAGAUUUUGUGAAGCAGUCUAUUUUUGAAGUUUUUAUCUAAAAAAUUUAAAAAAUCUAACCUGAUCUUUGAGAAAAAUUCUCCCAACAUCCCCAGUUUCCAGAAGUCGUCACCAACAGCACUUUGAUCGCCGAACUGCGCGCCGAAAAAUUCGACGCCUACUUCGGCGAGCACGUGCAUCUCUGCGGUAUGGGCCUGGCUCACCUCCUCAACAUUCCUCACAAAUUCUGGGUUGCCUCAUGCACAAUGGGACUGAAUAUGCGAGACAUUCUCGGGCUCACAACACCCUCCAGUUUCCUGCCGUUUAAUACUGAACUCGAUGAGACACCAGCACCAAUCUUUCAGCGAGUCAAAAAUCAGAUGUUGCAACUCGCCACUCUGCGCGAUGAAAAACGCGAUGAUCAAUUGUGCACUGAUAUGUAUCGCCGACAUUUUGGCCAAGAUUUUCCCGGGGUCGAUGAGAUUGCACGAAAUGUUGAUAUGGUUUUCGUAGCCACCGAUGAGUUAUUGGAAAUCCAGGCACCUACUCUUUCCAAAAUUGUGCAUUUUGGAGGGCUAGGAAGCUCCGGACCUGUGGAAUUGAAAGAUAGAGAAUUCAAGGUGCAAAUGGAGGAGAACGCGAGGAAUGGAGUUAUUCUAUUUUCUCUGGGGACCAUUGCGAACACCACAAUUCUACCAUCAAAAAUAAUGGAGAACUUGCUUCAUACAACCCAGAAAUUCCCGGAUUAUAACUUCAUCAUCAAGGUGGAUAAAUACGAUAGAUCUUCUUUUGAAAAAGCAAAACAUCUACCGAAUGUUCAUGUGACAGAUUGGGUUCCGCAGCCGGCUCUUCUAGCCCACCCGAAUCUCAAACUCUUCAUCACUCACGCUGGCUAUAACAGUUUGAUGGAAGCUGCGCGAGCCGGAAUUCCUCUGCUAACCAUCCCAUUCAUGUUUGAUCAACAUCGAAAUAGCCGACAUGUUGCUAGAAAGGGUUGGGGAGUUGCGAGAAGUCGAUUCGAUCUUCGCGACCAUCCCGAGAGAAUUGAAGAGGCUAUCAGAGAGAUUCUAGGCAAUGAGCGAUUCCAAGAUCGUGCGCAGAGAUUGAAGAAACUUAUGCAAAGUAAACCGCAGAGUGCCGCUGAAAGAUUGGUGAAGAAUACGAAUUGGGUUUUGGAGAAUUCAGGAAUUGAUGAAUUGCAAUAUGAGGGGAGAAAGCUUGAUCUGGUGACUUAUUAUAAUUUGGAUGUUAUUGGCAUUUUGUUGGGUGCAAUUAUUUUGAUCUUUGUUUUGUUACGGUUACCAAAGUUAGGAAAAUAA